AUGAUAAUUAGAUCAGCUACUACUUAUAUGAUGCUUCAUUCCAAGACUCCUUAAUAUCCCAUAACAAGGGAAUUUUUCAGAAAGAUGUUUUCGUGUACUCCUUCUGAUAUUCUACUUUAGCAAAACCGCAAGAACCCAAAGAAUAAUUACUUUAGUCUCCAGAUGUGAAAACAUUUGCAGCUCAUCUCAAAUAAAUGGAGCAAAUUCCUUCUUAAAGAGAAUAGGACUUGACACUUUUUGAUUCAUUUAAAAUUGGUUCUUCAAUAUUGAGAAAGUACUUUAGAUUCUUUGUAUACUUUUUCUUUAAAAUGCUUUACCUUAAAUUAGAUGAAUACAAGAGAUUUAUAAUAUUUGGAAUAAUAUUCUAUUUUUUGUGA